AUGGCAGCGAAGUGGAAGGAGGCAGACAGUGGAGAAGAAGAAUGCCGGUCCCAGCCCAGAAGCAUCAGCGAAAGCUUCCUCACUGUGAAAGGUGCAGCGCUCUUCCUGCCGCGAGGAAAUGGGUCUUCUACUCCCCGGAUCAGCCACAGGCGCAACAAGCAUGCAGGGGAUCUUCAGCAGCACCUGCAGGCCAUGUUCAUACUGCUCCGCCCAGAAGACAGCAUCAGACUGGCUGUAAGACUGGAAAGUACGUACCAGAACCGCACAAGAUACAUGGUGGUAGUAUCCACUAACGGCAGACAAGACACCGAGGAGAGCAUUGUUCUAGGGAUGGAUUUCUCUUCCAAUGACAGUAGCACUUGUACGAUGGGUUUGGUGCUGCCACUGUGGAGUGACACCUUGAUCCACCUGGACGGGGAUGGCGGGUUCAGCGUAUCGACAGAUAACAGGGUUCAUAUAUUCAAGCCAGUGUCUGUACAGGCAAUGUGGUCUGCUCUGCAGAGUUUACAUAAGGCUUGUGAGGUAGCCCGGAGUAACAACUACUACCCAGGGAGCCUCUUCCUUACGUGGGUCAGUUACUAUGAGAGCCAUAUCAACUCCGACCAGUCGUCAGUCAAUGAAUGGAAUGCCAUGCAAGAUGUGCAGUCCCACCGGCCCGACUCGCCUGCCCUCUUCACAGACGUCCCAACAGAGCGGGAGCGCACAGAACGACUGAUUAAGACCAAGUUAAGGGAGAUCAUGAUGCAGAAAGAUUUGGAGAACAUCACAUCAAAAGAGAUACGCACAGAGCUGGAGAUGCAGAUGGUGUGUAACCUGCGGGAGUUCAAAGAGUUCAUUGACAAUGAAAUGAUAGUGAUCCUUGGGCAGAUGGACAGCCCCACUCAGAUAUUUGAUCAUGUCUUUUUGGGCUCGGAGUGGAACGCCUCCAAUUUGGAAGACUUGCAGAACAGAGGGGUGCGGUAUAUUUUGAAUGUGACUCGAGAAAUAGAUAACUUCUUCCCAGGGCUCUUUGAAUACCAUAAUAUUCGGGUAUAUGAUGAAGAAGCAACAGAUCUUCUGGCUUACUGGAAUGACACCUACAAAUUCAUCUCCAAGGCAAAAAAAAAUGGCUCAAAGUGCCUGGUGCACUGCAAGAUGGGCGUGAGCCGCUCGGCAUCCACCGUGAUCGCCUACGCCAUGAAGGAGUACGGCUGGAACCUGGACAGAGCGUACGACUACGUGAAGGAACGGCGCACCGUCACCAAGCCCAACCCCAGCUUCAUGCGGCAGCUAGAGGAGUACCAAGGGAUCCUGCUGGCCAGCAAGCAGCGGCAUAAUAAACUGUGGCGCUCGCACUCAGACAGUGACCUUUCUGACCAUCAUGAACCCAUCUGCAAGUCUGGGAUGGAGCUGAACAAAAAGGAGAUCACCACCUCUGCUGACCGGAUCUCGGAUGCCAAGACCAACGACAACCAGCAACCAAUGUCUCCUGUCUACUCAGCUGAGCUGGACAGGGAGCAGCAGCUCCCAGAGGAUGCAAACAUGAUCGAGGAGCCAUGUGUGAAAGAGAGAAGGGUCCACCUGGAGUUUACGUGUAGAGACUUCCAUGCUGAGCAAAUGGAGGACAAGCUGAACCUAAACAAUAUCAAUGGCUGUCCAGCAGGAUGUUGCGUGGACUCUGUCCCCCCUGAUAACUGCCAUGCUUCUGAGGCCUUAAUGCAACUCCAGCACCCCUUAGAAAUAACGGAGUUUCCUGAUUUGACAGUGGAUGAUUUAGAAAAAGAUGCCCUUAAGCCUGAUAUGAACGUGCACUUGCUUCCCAUGGAAGAAUUCACGUCAUGCUUAAAAGACUUUCCCCAAUCCCCAAACCAGAAUUCCCCAAAUCCCCAGCAAGUUCCCCAGCCUGAAGUAACAGACCUCAGUACAGAUAGGAUUGAUUUCUUCAGCGCUUUGGAGAAAUUUGUGGAGCUUUCUCAGGAGAGCAGGUCGCGCACCUGCUCCCAUUCGAGGACGGAGGAGCAAGGUAGUGGAAGGAACGGGAUCUCCAAGGUGUCUGCUCUGGAAGUGCCACCUGCUGCAGAUGGGGGUGCAGAUGCUCGAAGGAACAGCUCUGGAAACUCCCCUCAAGCAUCGGAUGACUCCUCCACAGACGAAGAACAGCAAAAGGAGGUCCCUGAGCUGCCUAGCACAGGCCAUCUCACAAGAUCCCACUCAGAAAAUGCAAUUUCUGUGAAGGAAAUUAUCACAGAGAUUGAAUCAAUCAACCAGGGAGCAGGACCUGCGCAGCAGAGAGAGGGUUCAGCCAACCAUACCCAGACACCGAAGAGGAACACAGUGCAUGAGCUACCGGUGGAGGUGGUCUGGGCAUCAGAGAGGGUGGAGCAGAGUGAAAGAGCUUGUGCUGGACACCAGGAGAAAGAGAAGGACUCUCUGCAAGCUGAGCAAGAAGGUAGCUCUUCACUGCAGCUCUCUUCCUGCAAGUCGGACCUGGAGGAAAGCAGCCCUGCAGGGGAGCAGCAGGAGCCUUGCGGCCAGAACGUCAGUCCUGAGCCAAAGUGGUGCCCGGGCUCCGUCAAGCGGGCCACCUUGGAGUUUGAGGAGCGCUUGAGACAGGAGCAGGAGCAUCAGCAUGCCGCCCCAGGCUGCGUCUUACCCACUCGCAAGAACUCCAGGAACGACUCUCCGGCUCCUGAGCUCCUGCCACGGGGGAAGAAUGAGGAGCCAUCCCUGGAGCUGGCUCCAGAGAGCAACAAGAUGCAGAGUCCAGGUGCUGAGGAAUUGCUGCCUCCUGGGGCAGAGCAGCCUGCAGACAGACAUCUGUCUGUGCCGCUCGUCUCUCCUCCCCACGAGCCCAUGCCUGCAGGGCCUAGCCUGCAGCAAGAGGUAAUAGCUCAAGAGCGCAGGACAGUGGUCUCGUUUGAUGGCGCAGAAGAGCCAGCUCUGCCCUCCCUCCUCCCAAAGAGAAUUGAAAUAAUUGAGUACACUCCCACGCUCAAGUCUGCAGAGCGCCUUGAUGCUAGCUGUGAGCAGGGUGGGCUGGCUGCAGCCAUCCCGCCUUUAGAUGAAAACUUGAAUCCUUCGUUAUGCUCAGAGAAGGCCCCUACCUGUCUCAAAGCUCUGACUCUGGUUAGUCUUUCACUGCCAGAGCACGCGGUACAAAGGCAGGCCACCUUCACUAUAGGAAGCCCUAGCGAAGAAGGUAGUGGGUUAUCCGUUCAUCUCGGUGGUGCUUCGCCCUCUGUCCAGGUAGCCUACGCACCUUCAGCCAGCCUAGAUCGCUCUUCCUACCCGUACGUAGUUCACCUGGAGGGCGUCACUGAACAGAGCACGAGUACAGACAAUGAGCCGGCCGUAUCAUGCAGCACCGAGGGGGACGGCAAUCUCCCAUUCAGGGACAGCAGCAAGCCUCUGUACGGAGGGGGUGCUGGCACCUCGAGGCAGCUGAGUAGCGAGGACUUACCCAGCCAACGCACUGAAAACGUGGACGUUAUGGACAUCUCUUUCCUGUGCUAUGGUCUCCCCCACAGCUCCAGCAGCCACAGCGUGGAGGAGCGCAGUAACAACCCUGGGCUUGUCAAGCAGCGGACAAAGGAAAUAGAGGCCCGGAUCCGGCAUGCGGGGCUCACCACGCCCUCCCACAUGAAACGCUCAGCAUCCUUAGCCAAGCUGGACUGCCUGGAUCUCUCCAAGGAUGACUUAUCUGAGAGGGAAUCGGCUUCUUCCGACGCCAACCCGGUGCUUCUCACCUGCGUUGCACUUGGUCGAAGUUUUUGCGGGGGGAUGUUGGAGGGGAGCUUAGAAAGCCCAUGUGACAAGCACUGCGGUUCCUCUCUGCCAGCCCUUCAGGAUCCAAAGCCUACUAAGCAUUUUGUAGAACAGCUAAGAACAACAGAGUGCAUUGCCCAGAGCAAGCCGGUGGAGAGACCAUUAGCUCAGUACGCCAAAGAGUGUGGCUCAAGUCAGCAGAGUUUGUUUCCCAGUGCGGAUCCAGUGUGGACUAGCUCUGAGGAGGGUCCUCCGCUGCUGCAGGUGCAGGUUGUGGACUCCUUGUCUCCAGCUCAAAGCUUGGCUGUUGCACCCAGACAGCAACACGGUAGAACUCACCCUCUGAGGAGACUCAAAAAGACCAAUGAUAAAAAGCGGACAACCAAUCCACUCUAUAAUACUAUGUGAUUCUGAGCCCUCAGCUGUGAUUUCUUACAAAAGAGAACCCAUGUUGUUGCGUUCACACAAGGGGCAGGUGUAAUAUAUAAGGAACAUGCACUUUAUUGGUUAAUUUUAUAUAUAUUGUCAUUUUACUGUUCCUGGCGCAUGUAGGUGUGGGUUGGUUCUUCUGUGUGUGACUCUGACUGCAGGACUGUUUGUUUUUUAAUUUUUUUAACUCAGAUAACCUCAAAUGUUCUUUUUUUUGUUAGUUUGUUUUAAAAGAACACCUUUAGCAAAUGAAAAUUGCUGUUGGGUCACUUCUGCAAGGUGGAGUUUUGCAUAGAACCAGGUCCUAGUUUCUAACUUGAAUUUCCUCCAUGCCUUGAAAUGGUGCUGGGCAGUCAUUGGAGUGAGAACCCACAUAAAUGCGAAGGCUGUGCCAAGAUCCCUUUGUUUGGCCUUUCUUUUAUUUCUACAAACUGGAACUCCAUGACGGUGGCAGAUCACUUAUAAAACUGCUUCAGAAGAAA